AUCGUCAAGCAUCACAGCAGGAUAGCAGACGUACGUACACAGGCAGCUAGCUCUCGAAACCUCGCUCGAAACGCACCAUGGCGUCCCUGGGUAGCAGCGCUGGCGGCCGUCGUCCCACGGUGCUCCUGCAGAUCGCUCUCUUCGUCGUCGUCGCCGCGAUCAUCAUCAACAGCUCCGUCUGCCUUGGAGCCACGGCCGUCCACGACGCCGCCGCCUCAGGCACCGGUGCUCUCGACCCUAACGUCCCUGCUGUUCCGACGCCGGGCGGUGCCGGUCAACCCUACACCGGCCGUGGGUGCCGCACAGUUUACGGAUGUAGACCACCGGCGGGUGGCCAGCCCUAAUUACAUCCGCGUGCAGCAUGCCCCAUCUCCCAGACACAAUGCAUGCGAGGAUCCAUCGAUAUAUGUAAUUGGUUAGCACAAGUUAAUCUACUGACACGCACCACCUUAUGUACUCGGUAAUACCGUCUCGUGAUGUACUUGUACCUACUUAAACUCGAAUAAAUUUGGAUCGUUGCAUGUUUGGAA